GAUAAUGGUUGACCCAACCUCCUUAUUCUAGGAACCUUGUCUCUCUCUAGAGCUCCCACAGAAACAAUAUACAGUAUAAAGUAUCAAAUACUUGAGCCAAAUUAAAUUUUGGUAAUUCAUCUGCAUCUGCAACAGUUUCAACGAUUUGUUCCGCCAGUUGAUUUAAAUUACUCUUUCAAUAUUAUACAACUUGUAUCAUCUAAUUAAUUGUAUUUACAGUAUGAUUUAAUUACAAAUUUAAUAUUAAUUACGUAUCGACUUUGCAUGUGGUUUUAAAUUAAAACGUUGAUUUAAAGGUUAGCCAGCUUUAGUACUUCGAAAAAUUUUAUAAAGCCGGACUUUAUAUAAUUUAUAACGAUUUAAAACAAUGGAGAACAUUCCACCAGAAUGCAAUUGUGCUGAUGAGUUCUGUGUCAGGGAAGGGGAUAAUCCAAUGGCCGCUGUUGAAACAAGAUGUAGACGUUCAAGUUUAACAUUGUAAAUGAUCAACAGAAUAGAAAAAAAGAUUGCUCAGUCUAAAAAAAUAAUCGAAGAUCCGAAAUCGACUCCUGAGGAGAUAAGCAAAGCACAAGACUGUUUGCAAUCGGAUUAUAAAUCUGAAGCAUUUCUGAUUGAGAUGAUGUAUCAUUUGGUUAAGAACUUAGAAGAAUGUCCGCACUGUUCUUAUUUUAUACCAUCAUCAGAUUAUGGAAGAGAAUUCUUAUUAUUAAAAGAAGAACAUUCUGAUUUAUUUGAUAAAAUAAUGGCUAUUAGUAGUGAAGAUAUAUCUUUAAUGAUAAAAAAUCCAUUAGUUCAUACGAUGGAGAACAAUCCACCAGAAUGCAAUUGUGCUGAGGUCUGUUUCAGGAAAUGGGAAAAUCCAAUAGCCGCUAUGCGAAGAAGCUGUACAUCUUUCAGCUUUCAUUUGCGAGAGAUCAACAACACAAAAAAAUGUAUUGCUGAAUCUAAAAAAAAAAUCGACGAUCCGAAAUCGACUCCUGAGGAGAUAAGCAAAGAACAAGACCGUUUGCGAUUGUUGUAUAUAUUUCAAGCACUUGCGAUUGUGACGACGCAUUAUGCGGUUAAGACGUUUGAAGAAUGUCCGUAUAGUUCUUAUUUUAUACAAACAACAAAUUUUGGAAGAGAAUUCUUAUUUGUCAAAGAAAGAGAUUCUGAUUUAAUAAAUGAAAUAAUGGCUAUUAGUAGUGAAGAUAUAUCUUCAAUGAUGGAAAAUCCAUCAGUUCAUAAUGGAUUAUAAAUAUUGAAAAAAUAAACUGUUUGAACGUUUAUCAUAUUAAUUCCUCACAUAUAUACAAAACUCCAGUAACAAUUUGAAAUUUUUUUUUAAUUAAUUUUGUGUUGAUCCUGUAAUACUAUCCGCUUUCAAUAAAAUUUUGGAC